GUACAUGUUAGUAUGAUUUCAUUUUAAGGAUGUCUAAAGCUAAAUUGACUCUGUUUAUACUUGCUCGAGUGUUUUUUGCUUCCUUUUUCGUCUUCCUUGUGUGGUGCAACUACGAAAAAGUGACAUUUCGUAAAGAUUUCUCAACGGAUGAAUUUGACGAAUUAAUCAAGAACUGGUGUCGAGUUCGACGUGAAAGACAAGACGUUGAAUCUAAACUUAAACCCUGUAACUUCAAUAUCUCUUGGGAAGCUAGAAACAACGACGAGAGAAGAAAAACUCUCUCUACAGACCCCGACAAGAGUAUAAUCUCUGAAUUCAACAUCCAACCUGCAGGAGAAUUCAGUAGUUUUAAGAUUCAAACCAAAACCUCGGAGGGCAGGAACAAAUCAAUCGGAGGUGAUUCGUGGAGGGUUGUUCUACGUGGAAAAGCAAGCUUCGCACCGACCGUAUUCGACCUGGGGAACGGUCAAUAUGAAGUAUUAUUUCUCGCAGCAGACCCAGGGGUUUAUAAAGUUGAGAUUGUACUUGACUAUAGCUUGUGUGAUGGGUAUAGGGAUCCGCCGAGCGAUUGGUUUAGAAAAGGAAAUUCCCAAGGAAAAAUGCAGCCAGUUGGAAGUCUUGAGGGGCAUGCUCACAAAGACUAUCUGUUAAAAGCAUUUCAAAAAGGACGAGACGUUUACAUAAACGUGCCAUUACCCCAAAAAGAAGGCUUUUUCUUGGUGCAUUCUCAUAACAUCGAAGACUUGUCAAAGUACGAUCCAAUGUGUAAAUCAUCUUGCUCUUACGUGUGGGAUGGAUAUGGAAGAUGGAUGGAUGACGAAUGGGUACCCCACCUCAAAGCGAAAAGUACGAUAAACACAUCAAUUCCUAUUGGUCGAAAGCGUCAAUACAGUACCUUACUAUUAUACGGAGAUUCCCAGGCAGAUAGGCUCCACGCUUCCCUGAUUAAGUCUCCCAUAUGUAAGAAAAUGUUCAAGUCUUGCAAAGUUAGAAAACUGUGGGCCUACCCGUACGAUGGUGAGAUACCUCCGUGGGACGAAAAGGACUUUGAACCCAACCAAAUCAUACAAGAUAUUAAAGAGGCGCUAGAGAAUCCAGAUAUGGACGAGAAUAGUUUGUUCAUCUUCAAUCUGGGGUUACACUAUUCGAUGGGGAUCAGCUUUGUUGGGUAUCAGGAGUUAAUGAAGGGUGUUGUGAAGCAGAUUCAGGAAGUUCGUAGCAAAGGAUUCAAAGGGAAAGUUAUAUGGAAGACGACGACGUCAUUGAGCAAGGAGAAAGACACAGACGAACUUCUUUUCUCGGAUAGGAAGAGAUUUCUUAAUUUGCCGAGAGUGGACCUCUUCAAUGCUUAUGCCAACAAACUCAUGUGUGACUCGGGCAUCGAAGUCCUCGACGUGUAUCCGCUGACCAGAAGUUUUCCAGACGGGACAGGUGGACCGGAAGUGGCAUAUUACAAGGAACACGAUAUCGUUCACUUUAAGGUUUACGUCCUCAGACCUCUAGAAUUGCUGUUGGAGAAGUAUCUUCUUGGUCAGGUGCCUUAUCCUAUAUCAUGGUCAAACUAUUUCUUUUCUUAAUUUGAUAUCAGAUUUUUCUUUUCGUUUACAUUGGAAUUGUCUGUCAGACGAAACAGGAAGUAGAACCGGAAGAAAUUAGAAAAAUAUUAAAUGGAAAAGAAAAAAAGGAAUGAAAUGAAAUGAAAA